GAUUAGUGACUUUAUUUAAGAACACCAAACAAAGCAUUAAACUGUGGAAUCUGUUAGUACAGUAGGCAAUCUUUAAUUUGAUUAUGUUUGAACUAGGGGAUUAAUGGUGGUGGCGGUAAUGCACCUGUAAGUUGGGUGUGCCUACCGCAUUUAAACUAGUAGUAGUUGAAGAAGAAGUGGAAGCGGCAGAAGAAGAGGAUUACCACGGAGUUCAAUGUAGCUGCGCAAGCAAACGGCAAAAACACUCUAAACCUCAAUUCGGGUCUACUUCGACACGUCGAGACACACCUCGAGUGAUGUCAGACUCUGAAGGACGCCGCUCAUCUGUGUCCUCCAUCUCUUUGAUUGAGAUUAAGAGUGAGACUCAUUUAGUGCUCCAAGCUUUUCUACAUCGCUCCCUUUUGAUCCCUCUGAAAGAGAGGCCUGGGAGGGUAGGAGGGGCCUACAAUGAUCACCACAAGUACAGUUCCAACCCAAAAUCAAAAGCAAAGGAUGAGCGGAAUUCUCAGGUUGUCACUUCAGGAGAUGAAAAAAGGACUGGAUUCAAAGACCUCAUAAAGCAACUGCCUCAUCGUAAUAGCACACAACGUCCUGCCAAAGACCCUGAAGGCUCACUGGGCAGGAAGGGCAAGACAAAACCAGCACACCUCAAAGACCAAAGCGAAGAUGACACUAUAUCCCCCUCCUCUACAUCAGAAGAGGAUGAAAGUGAAAAGAAACCAAAGAAAAAGCUCAGCCAAAAAAAGAUCAAACAGAAGCUCUCCAAGAUCUUCAGUUUAAGGUUACAGAAGGAUAAGGACAAACAGGAGCGUCCGUCUCAUCCUCAGCGACCUGACACAUUACCAAUUAACAAAAAACUGGAGCCUAGACCAAAUGUCAUCUCUCCCAAUCAUCCUCCUGAGUUCUACAGUGAUGUGGCAGAGAAGCUGGAAAAGAUUGCUCAGAAGUCUACCAGUAUAAAGAGAAAUAGUCCCAAAACACAGCCACCAACAGCAGUAUGUGAUAAAGAAACAAUAGUGCAGGAACUUGUCAAGGUGCUCUCUUCGGAAGGAGAUUCUAUCAAUACUGUGAUCCAAUCAGACCCUUUUCUUCGCUCCAGUUUGACCCGUCUUUCAUAUGCAUCAUUUUCCAAACUCCUGGAUGCUGUGAGCAGCAGUCAGGUAGCUGAAACUCUUUCUCAGCAACCAACAGCCAGUCCUACACUGCAACGGAUGGCUGUCAGCAUGGAGGUAUCACGGCGAAUAGUGACAGCCACGGGAGCUCAGCGGAUGCAAGGCUAUGCAGAGUGCUACAUGGAGAACUUCGUCCCAUGGCUAAAGAGCCAUGGAGGAUGGGUAAGUGAUUUCAUUUUUGCAUUGACUGUGAUUAUGUUUUUUACAGACGGGCCUUCAGUGGCUGUUAUGAACUCUAUUUUUUCCUCUGUAUAAUUAAUCAUACAGACUUUUUCAUCUGCAGGAGAAUGCAGUAGCUUUGGAUGAGCAUCUAGAAUAUGACUGAGCAGUGUUGUUGUUUUGUUUUUUUGUUUUUUGUUUCUCCUCAACUAAACACCAACUACUGGACCUGACAGGAAAGUGACGAGGAAUAGAGAAACCUUCUCUGCUUUAAUAUGUGGCUUACUUUUUCUUCCAUGGCCUUAUGUAAACGCUCAGUAAUUCUUGAAGCCUUUUGAAUUCUGCUGACAUUAGAAAGUCUCUCCAGGUUUUUGAUUUGCACAAGUCAUUUGUUGUUACUAUUAUAGAUUGUUUUAUAAAAAAGACCCGUCAGUUAAAUUGAGAAUACCUCUAACAUCAGUUUCUGUUCUGUAGUGACUAGUCAAUUUUUGCCUUCUUCCUUUCUGUUCAGUAAAUUGGUAAAAACUCCUACUUGUUUACUUGUUUCUGUGUCCUUAAGACUGAGUCUUAGUAUUUUUAAAAGGAUACAGAAAAACAAGCUAUGC